AUGUCAUUUAAUGAUCUUGAACGAGCUGUUGCAAUUGACGCAGGUUUGCGCGAUGAACGAGUUGUUGCAAUUGACGCAGUCUUGCGUGCUAGUAAAGUUUGUCAGAGUGUUUUUAAUCACCUUGUAACGAGUGAUACUCUUAUUAAAAAGGAUAAAACACCUGUAACAAUUGCUGAUUUUGGUGCACAAGCAGUGGUAAACUCUAUAUUAUAUAAGUUUUUUCCAAAUGAUCCUGUUGUUGGAGAAGAGGAUUCAAAAAGGUUGAAAGGAGAUGACGGAAAAGAAAUGAGAGAUAAAGUUUUAUCAUUAGCAAACUCUGCGCUAGAUACUCCCUUAAAUGAGAAAGAGACGCUAUUGAUAGAGGAACUUACUCUGGUGGCCCAAAUGGAAGUUAGAAUGUGGUCUCUUGAUCCGAUUGAUGAAACCAAUGGGUUUCUUCGUGGAGAGGAAGGUCAAUACGCAGUGGGGCUGUCUUUAAUUAUUGAUGGUGUUGUUCAUCUUAGUGUUAUAGGAUGUCCAAAUUAUCCUGUAGAUUUUAAUAAUCCUAAAGGCGAAAGGGGAUGUGUAUUUAUUGCUGUUAAAGGACAAGGCGCUUUUCAGCGUAAUUUCUCUUCAACUGGAGAAGCACCAAUCCAUGUGGCAGACGUUCCACUUUCACCAGAAGUCACAUAUUGUGUAUCUUUAGGAGCUGAUCAUGCUAAAUUAGGUUAUAAUGAUAAAAUUGCAUCAUUACUUGGAAUUAUAAAGCCUGCACUUCAAAUGGAUAGUAUGAGUAGAUAUUGCGCUGUUGCCAGAGGUGAUGUUAAUAUUUAUCUAAGAUUGCCUUAUGACGUUAAUUACGAGGAGAAAAUCUGGGAUCAUGCGCCUGGAUCUCUUCUUGUUGCAGAAGCAGGUGGUAUUGUUACGAACAUAGAUAACGAACCUUUGGAUUUUUCUUUGGGAAGAACUUUGGGAAAAGUUAAUAAAGGAUUCGUGGUUACGAGUUCUAAAAUACAUGAACAAGUUAUUGAUGCC